UGCGCAGAAGCCAGCGUGAGUCUGAAUCAUCGAUAGGGCGACUGUCGGAGCUGAGAAUCUAGAGUGAUGGGACCUGAGUGAAGGAACAGCCGCGAGUGAUCACUCUCCAAGCCGGUUAUGACAGGCAGUGGCACCCGGUGUGUGUGAGGUUAGUGUGGUGCUCUCUCUCUCUCUCUCUCUAGACAGAGCUGAGGUGAAAGGGUCAGGAUGGCUUCAGCCUGUGCUGAGAUCUGUGGGUCAGACUACGCUGAACAGACGCAGCACGACCAGAGAUACGGCGUCAGAUCAUACCUCCACCAGUUCUACGAGGAGUGUACUGCCUCCAUCUGGGAACGCGAUGAAGAUUUUCAGAUUCAGAGAUCGCCUAGUCGGUGGAGCUCUGUCCUCUGGAAGGUCUGUCUAGCGUUAGGAACCCUGAUUCUGGUGACAGGCCUCAUUGUCCUAUUGGUGGGCUACGCCACCCCGACUAAGAUCGAAGCAUUCGGGGAAGACGAGCUCCUCUUCGUGGACAGCCACGCUGUCCUCUUCAACCGAGCCUUGGACGUGUGCAAGCUGACGGGCGCCGUUCUGUUCUGCGUGGGUGGCAGCCUGAUGGCCGUAGGUCUCCUCCUCUCAGCCUUCUCUAAGAGCUACUCCAAGGAGGAGCUGUACCUGCAACAGAAGUUUAAGGAGAGACUGGUUGAUAUCCAGAAUACGGUCCAUCCCGUCACCAGAGCCCCUACUCCGGGGGAGAGUAAGAUCCCUGUCACCCUGUCUAAAGUGCAAAGUGUCCAGCCCAACUCAGAGACAUAACAGUUGUCAAUGUAGUAGUGAGAGGUAGAUUAUCAGUGGUGUUCAUGUGUCCUUGUUCCUAACCCUUCUAAAGGUCAGCUUAUGUCAUCUUAGUACUACUCCUUACAAACCCUGUGUUUCCAGCACUUACACUCAGGGCUGCAGGAGGAAUCACACAGCUCCUUUCAUGUAGCUCUGUGUAAUUAAGGCUGCAGGAGGAAUCACACAGCUCCUUUCAUGUAGCUCUGUGUAAUU